AUGGACUUCAAAACCGGCCAAGUGGGCAAGCAGACAGAACAAUUCAUCCAACCUAUCCCCCCAAAAGUCGUUCAGCAGUGGCUUGAUGAGACCAGACCACCGCCCAAGGAGCGUCGAGAUAUCGUCAAUGAAUACUCCCACGAGUUCCCUAACGAUAAUCAGUGGGAGGCCACAAUGAUCUGGAGACGCAUCAACGCGUAUCUUUCUGAGUCUGAAAAUGCCCAGGGAAAUUGUGUUAUGACCACUCAUACUCAAUGGCAUCAUGCGAACCCCAGCAAUUCCCGAUUUGUCAACCGCCUGGGUGAACAGAACGCCAACUGGCAACUCAAAGGUGUUCUUCGACAACACCUCCCUAACCAAUCAAACUAUGAUCGUCCUCUUGAUCCCAAUAGGCCUCACGCUAUUUGCUAUCUUGCAGAUGGAGCAGAACUGGUUGAUGACAUGCUCUUGACCAGCGAACUCACCACCUUGCUACUCAUGGCGACCGACACAGCCCUCAAGGCUACUUGGCAGAAGCACAAGCUGAUCCCGGUGACCCUCAUUACUGGCUCGUACAGGACUGUUCGGGUGUCCCAGUGCGUCCUGGAUGCAGAGACGGGGAGUAUCGAGAUACGUAAAUCGCCUCUUAUUACUUUUCACAAAGGUUUGCUGGCCGAGUGGGCCAAAUAUUUGACUCUACUGGGCUGGGUGCUCGGUAAGCCAGCAGGGCAGACAGUGUGA